AUGGCGUUCAUGCCGGUGAAGUUCGACCUCCCCAAGAGGGUGAAGCUGGCCCAGGCGCUGUGGCUGCUCUACUGGCUCUCCGUCAUGGUGGGCAUCCUCAUCUUCAGCCUGGGCAUCUUCUUCAAGGUGGAGCUCCGCAAGAGGAGUGAGAUGAUGGACAACAACGAGAGCCACUUCGUGCCCAACCUGCUGAUACUGGUGGGGCUGAUGGCCUGCGGGCUCAACGCCUUCGGAGGGAAGGUCUGCCACGACUCCCUAGACCCCGCCAAGUUCCCCAAGUGGAAGCCCAUGCUGAAGAACUACCUUAUGUUCUGCUGCGGCUUCAACGUGCUUCUGCUGGCCACCGCCCUGCUGUGCUUCCUCAUGCAGUUUGCCCUGUACCUCACGCUGGCCGAGGGCCUGAGGAACGGCAUCCGCUUCUACAAGGACACCGACACGCCGGGACGCUGCUUCAUGAAGCGCACGCUGGACCUCACACAGAUCGAGUUCCGCUGCUGCGGGAACAACAACUACCGCGACUGGUUCGAGGUGCAGUGGAUCAGCAACCGCUACCUGGACAUGAGCAACGACGAGGUCAAAGACCGCGUGAUGAGCAACGUGGAGCAGAAGUUCCUGAUGGACAGCGUUCCGUUCAGCUGCUGUAACCCCGGCUCUCCACGGCCCUGCCUCCAGCACCACCUGACCAACAACUCCGCCCACUACGACUACGACCACCGCAUCGAGGAGCUCAACAUCUGGACGCGAGGCUGUCGGGAGUCCCUGGUGGCGUACUACGGCGGCAUCAUGAACAGCAUCGGAGCCUUGAUCAUCUUCACCAUCUUCCUGGAGUCUCUUGACAUGGCGGGGCUGAAGUACCUGACGACUGCGUUGGAGUCCCUGACAGACCCGGAGAACCCGGAGAGCGAGAGCGAGGGUUGGCUGCUGGAGAAGGGCGUGAAGGAGACCUUCUCCGACCUGCUGGCCUCCAUGAAGAGCCUGGUGAAGACCAACCAGGUGGAAGGCGGGGAGGAGCCCGCCGCCUGA